AUGGCCGCCGCUUCCCAGGUAUUGUCGCUUGGCGUUCGGUUUUGGUUAUGUACCUGGAUUGCUCGUUUCCCGUGUGGCUGUCCCGCGGAGAUGGUCUGCCUGCCUUGCUUCGAUGAGUUUGCUGUCGUCAGUGAUUAAAUGGAUUAGAGAAUAUAACUUGGGCGGAAAGAAAAAAAAUGAUGGCUCGUUAUUUAACAAUUUUCUGUCGUGUGAUGCAAACUUUCUGCUCAAGUGUUCUUUAAUCUUUCCCUUCCAGGUGACGGCUCCUGGUGAUGUAGAUAGCGGUGCCAACAACGUCCACGAAGUGAUUCGGGCUCAUCAGGUGAGAUGUAAAUUCUUCAAGGAAAUGAUAUUUAUAUGAUAAAGAAGAUAUUGGGUUGCAGCGCAUGAUGAUGGGGGAAUUUUUAAUUGUGAGAUGGUACUUAUCAAAGCGGAUGGACUUCAACAAAACUGAUUUUCAAUAGGAGUGAUGAUAUUUUGAUUUCGAUUGAGCUGCCAUAGUGCCGUCGCAGACGUCUGUACUCAUUCUUGGCAUUGAUUGGCUUUUUUUUUGUUGCUAUUUUUACUCUCGAUUCCCGUCAUAGAUAUCGUCUUAAUCAGACGGUGCUAGCUCUUGUAAUUUUGCACAUAUUUAUCAAAGCUUUACGUAGUUUUGUACUUCUAUUUUAUUUUUAUUUUCUUUUAACAACAGGGAGCGGCUGCAAGACUUUCCCCAGUAGAAGAAAUUAGAACAUUCCUCAAUCGCAGUAGUAGAGGAGCGCUUUCCACCUUUUCCAAGGUAUCUAUUUUCACAGAUCAAAUCAAUUAAUCACAUCUGUUGUUUCUUUCCAUUUGUCUAGAAUAAACCGGCGGCAUGAUACCACAAGGUGUAACAUGCCGAUUAAGUUGACGUGUACUUCUAAUUCGAACAUGUUGACUAGGGUUAUAUGCUUCCUAAAGUCGCAAAUGGUUUUGCUUUUUGUUCGGCUUGUGUGAUGAAAAUUUGGCUGUCUUGAAUGACUAACCCAGAUGUCAGAUUCCAGCACCACUAGCUCCACAUUCAAGGCAUUGAUAUGCAUAAUGUCAGAUGCCGUGUGAUGUUAGCAACAUAGAGUAAUAUGAAAAUUUGGAAACAGGCACCGUGAAUAUGGAAAUAGAAAUGUUCUUUUGGUAAAUCUAGAUGGACGGAUCUUACUGCACCGACUGGUUAGCCAGUUGAUCCAAUAAUAUAGAAUGGGAGAUGAUUGGGAUAAAUUGUUUCUGAUAUAACUCAAUAUUCCAAGGCAGCAAAGAAGGUGUUAACAUAGUAAUUAUCCUAAACCUUAGUAUGCUUGUUUUACUAGAUCAACAAUCCCCUACAUUUUCACAUUUUGAAUUAAUACACUUAUCUAUACAGCAAGUUCGUGACUUAGCCUGAUAAAGUGCGUGGACUGCAAUACAGCUCGGCCAGCUGGUCUGAUUUCUCUGAAGUAUGUCAAUGAUAUCGCUACUGCUUGAAUACCACUGUCCUUAUCAUACCUAUUGUCAUUGCUGUGGUCCAUAUAUUAUUCUUGUUUUCUUUCCUUUUUUUCUCCCGAGGAGGCAGAAUAGGACCAAUUGUCAAAGGGUUGAAUGGGGUUAAGGAGGGGGGAAAUAAGGGAAUGGAACUAUAGAGAAGAGUGGUUAAAGUAGCAUAUUUGUGAAGAACUGCCCAUGUGAAAGUUUUUACUGAUAUCCCUUUUUUCGAAGUAGUUAUAUUAAAUACAAGGAUCUCUGGCUAUAUACUCUCUGAUGCUGUUCUUAUUUGAUCAUCAGCGUUGUCAACUUUCGCAAGCUUGCAUGCUAUCGACUUGUUAAGUUUGCUCUCUUUCUUCAUAUUCUAUCACAAUGGAAUUGACUUAUGUCUCUUGCCUUUUCUGUUGAGUUUGUUUACCAUUUUGAUGGGUUGUCUUGUUUAUUCGGGUCCUUAGAGGUUGAUGCUUUGUGGGAAUUAGCAUACAUAAACAUAAAUAGUGUUAUUUGUAGAUAAAUCAUGUCCUGUCAUUUGUCUUUUCAUUAUAUUCCUUCGGAUUGGGUAAAUAUUCUCUCGAUCUCGAUUCCUGUAGCAUGGAUGGGCUCUAAAGUUUAUUACUUUGGAUGUUAAGGAUAAUGCAGGUUACCCAUCUGGAUCAAUGGUCGAUUUUGCAUGGAAUCAUGACGGUUCCCCACUAUUAUCGGUCAGUGGCCUGGCAGUUCAUGCAAAGGUAUGCUUCAUAAAUUCUGUUUUUGUUUUUUAUUCAUAUUUUUUUGUUAUUCACUAUACUUUCUAGUUGCUUCCUUUUGAAUGCCGCAAAGCUAUCAGUUGUCAAUCAACCUAAUAACAACCUUGUUCUUUCCACAGAAUCUGCAAGCGAAUCCUAAAUGCUCCUUGCUCGUGGCCAAGGAUCCAGAAGAUAGGACUGAUCUAGUGGUUACUCUUUAUGGGGAUGCCAUCUAUGUAUGUUCCUUUUCUCUUUACGGGAUUCUCGUUGUUAUUAAAUAUUUUUUUGGAAAGUGGCUUCAAUGGAAUAUACUGUGUCGUUAUUUUCUGACUGAUAUCAUUGUCAGAAUUUGAGUUGAUGGGGAAAUUGGAUAUCCUAUUAAUCUGAAAGAAUGUUGGUAUUUUUGGUGAUGUGAACACGCACUUGUCAUCUUUAAUAUCAGUUCUCAUUAUUAAAGAUUAAUGUUACAGUUUUUAAAAUAAUCCUGAUGGACAGUUUUUGUGGCAUAUUGCUCUGAUAAGCAGUCUACCGAUCCAUUUAAGGAAAUAUAUCUCUGAAGGAUUUUUCUUCUCUCAUUUUAAUCUCCCUGUACAAUAUGGAAGGUAUAAGAUAAAGAAAAUAAGAAAAACAGGGAGUGAGCAUUUAUUUCAUGGGCAUCCAAACACUCCGAUGAAAUAGCUGUAGUGAUUCAUGCAAUAGCUGUUUGAUGCUAACUGGAUAAACACCAUUGUUCGUUAUUUUAUUUGGCAAAAUUUCUUUAGUAUGAAUAAUUUAUAUUUAAUGGUUGCUAAGAGCGGAUUGGUUAUUUGUGUACUUGGGUUUGUUGAAUGACAGAUCAUGGCUCACUUGAGACAUAGAGUUUGAUUAGCAUUGUUGUCAAAGUUUUAAGCUUUGCGCUCAGUCAUGAUGGCUGAUUAGCAGGAAAAUCGUGAGGAAUUUGAUUUUUCUAUCAUUCUUCAAACUUCUGUGUGAAAAUGGAAUUUUACUUUGUUUUUGACUUUUAAAAAAUUUAAUGUAACAAUCCCACACGUUUUUCAUCUUUUUGUUAUUAUUUAAUGUAAAUCUUCACAAGGGGAAAUGACGUAACUCAGGUGCUUAUUCAGGUUUUCUAAGUGGACUUUGAUCUAAUAUCAACUAGUAAUCUAUCAUUCUCCUGAAUCAAGCUACUUAUUUUUUUCAUUUGCAUGUGGUGUUGCUGACCUUGCCUGAGCUAGUAACAAAUGCACGUAUUUGCUGAUUUUUGGAUAAAUGAAGUAUUGCUCCUCCUUACGCAACUAUUAUAAAUUCAAUGCUUUCCCUUUAUUUACAUUUUCUUGUGAUGAAAACUUAUUGAUAUAAUUCAUGGCAGAGUAAUUUUUCAUUCCUAUUUCACGCCUUUAAGUGUCCUGACAUUUUUUGAACCUUUGCUAUCCUAAACUAUCCUCCAGGUUUCUGAAAAUGAGCAAGAAGCUGCACGUGCUUCAUACUUGAAAAAGCAUCCUGGUGCCUUCUGGGUAUCUUCCAUCUACACGUUCUCUUUUUUUUUUAUAAUUAUUUUUGGAUUUUUUUAAUGCAUGCUUAUACUCAUUACUGAAAGAACUCUCUAUUUCUGAAAGGUUGAUUUUGGUGACUUCCGAUUCGUAUGUAUUGAACCAAAAUCGGUCCGAUUUGUAUCUGGAGUUGCUACAGCUUUAUUGGGAUCUGGAGGUAUAUGGAGAUUAUGGUCAUCGAUUGUAUUUGCUUUUCUGGAAAUAAUUUUUCAUGUCAGAUAUUGUGCUGCUUUUCCUAUUCUUUUAUUUUUAAGUAGAUAUAUGCACUCUGUGAUUAUAUCUUUUCAGAUAUACGGAUUGGAGAUUACGGUGCUCACAUUGGGUGCAACUAUAUUUUGACUUCAAUGAAAACCAUCCUUUAUGAGCUUUCUCCUUUGUUGUCUCACGGUUGGCCUGGAAGAUCCAACUCUUCGUAAAGUUGUUGGCUGUGUAGAACCUCAAGACCUUGAGUCUUCAUUCAGUCACUAAUGACUCGAUAGGUGCUUCCUUGGAUAAUAGUGGAAGUUAUUCAACCUAAUGGCAAAAAUGGGCUGUUCACAAAAGGUAGCAAAACAUAAGUCAAAUACCUUGGUUUGACAUGCCGUUUGAAGUUAGGAAAAGUUCAUUAUGCUUUGAGUCGGACUAUUGAGGCUUCAGUCGUGGGCUUUGAUGAUUCUUUUAGAUAAUGUUGCCUUAAAUGGUGCGUGACACUGUGUAAUCCUAGCAGAUCUUAACAUGAUGUUGGUUCUUUUUUUCUACUAAUAUUUUGAUUUAAUUCAUUCUUCUCCUCCAGAAUUCACCGCAGAAGAGUAUAGAGCUGCAAAAGUUGAUCCCAUUUCUGAGUUUUCUUCCCCUAUCAUUGUAAUGCUUCUGCUGUUUGACAAAUUCUCCCUUAGAAAGAUAAAAAGUUCCAUUCUAACUCGAUAUUAUACGUUUUUUUAGUCCCAUAUGAAUAAAGAUCAUGCAGAAGAAACGAAAGCCAUAGUACGGCACUCAACUUCAGUUCAGGUGAGUGCUUAAACUUCUCCAACGAUUGAAUCUCUUAUGCCACUUGCCUUAUGAGUCAAAUGGUCAUCCUUUUUUUUUUUUUAAACAUUAUGAUUUAGGUGGACUUUGCGUACAUGCUGGAUGUUGACAGCCUCGGUUUCAAUGUUAAGGUGAAUAUAACUCAGUUUAGGCUAAUAUCAUAUGUUUCUCAGGUCCUGCUAUUCAUUCAUUUUCCACAGUUUUUUUUUAAUAAUUCCAUGCUCUCUCUUAUGCCUUAUUUUGUGGUAUUAUAGAAUCAUCUGAGUAUUUUUUUUAGCUGGAUUGUAAUUCUGAACAUACGAUCAUAUACCCAUUUCAUUCUACUUAAUCUCUUGGAGCAGAGUAUAUGCAGAUUGAAGUGAUUCUUUUUAUUCUCCCCCCUUCCUUUAGGCUGGCUAUCAAGGGGAUACUCUCAAGCUUCGGAUUCCUUUUCCGAGACAAGCAGUGGACAGGAAGUAAGUGAUUCAGUUCACUCUUCACCCAACUUCAAAAGACAUGGUUGGUCGGAGGCCAGAAACAGGGUCCUGCCCAGGCCCCGGCCCUCCCUUUCCUUUCCUGGCUUGAUUUGGCUGCCCUAGCUCAGAGGAAACGGGUGCAGCCCAUAAUGCAAGAAACCUCCUGCUCCUCAUGGCUAUGGUUCAAUUGACGGAGACGACGCUUGAGACGAUUUUCAUUCCUCCUCCUUUCACGCAGGGAUGUGAAGAACCUCAUCGUGGAGAUGCUUCAAGCUGCCAGAGCUUCAGAGCCCAAGUCCUAG